AUGAACCCGCAGGCAGUUUCGGGAUACAUUUGCCUGCUUUGCCUGUCCCUGGGGAGCACAGAGCAAGGGAAUUUGCAGCAACUUUUGUUCCAGCCUGGGAUCCUGUAUCAGUACCACUAUUCCCUGGACGUCCAGCUCGAUUAUGUGUCCAAGCUGUCCCUGCAGGGAAGCUGGCUGAAGGCUGAAGCUUUGGUUCAGGUGCACCGACUCUGGAGGCAUCAAGCAGGGGAAGAGCUUCUCCAGGUGCAGAUCCAAAACCUAAAAGCCCAACAUGCACCAGAGCAUAAGAGGAGUAAGGAUGAUGCCGGAGAUCCAUCUGUGGAGAUUGCGCUGAGUCAGGAGACCCAAGCAGAGCUCCAGCAGCCGGUUUUCAUCUCCUGGAACAGCGGGAAGGUCAAAGCCUUCUAUGGAGAUGAAGCAGAGAGUCCCCUGAUCUUGAAUCUGAAACGAGGCCUCAUCAGUCUGCUCCAGGUCCAGCCCCAUUCUGGCACAGCGGUGGAGGAGGACGUUUCUGGGAGCUGUCAAGUCACAUACGCCGUUUCCAACGAUUCAGCCACAAAGACGAAAGAUCUCCUUAGCUGCAUGAAGCCAAAAUUUGGAUUUGCCUCCGUUAACAAAAUUUUUGGAGUUCAGUGGCAACCCACCAGCAAAAGUCUGUACUUGGUGAAAGACAACCUCAUUCAGUCCGUGCUAGCAGAGGAAAGCCACGUGGUGUCUCUGGGCCUGAAGUCCACCACUGGUGUCAAAAUCAAUUCAAGGCAACAUCUUGAGCUAGUAUCUUCUUCCAUGCCCAGUCCAGCAGAGGUGCCCGGACAGAGCCUCGAGGACGCGCUGGCUGGCACGCAGGGAAAGCACCAGCCCCUGGGCAUGGCCUGCCUGCAUUACCGGAGGGUCUGCACCCACUGCCCUUCGCUCAGAACCUAUCUGAAGAGUUUUGACAGCCAGAAAGUCAAAAUGGACAUUGCCAAGGCAUCAACAACGUGGCAGUUCCAGAGGUUCAUCCAGAUGCUGCACAGAGCAAAGAAAAGAGAUAUCCUGCAGCUGCUGAGGAAAGCUCCAGAAGAGAUGGUCUCCUUCUUCAUCGAGGCAGCGGUGGUCGCCCAGUCAGCAGCAUCCAUGGCAGCUCUCUCUGACUUUCUGGAUUUCAGCAAGACCCCCAAGUCUCUGCUGGAGACGUUUCUCCACGCAGCAGCUUUCUCCCCCCGGCCUUCUGAAGAGCUUCUCAGCCUGGUCUUAUACAAGCUCCAAGGGAAGCAGUUGGCACCAGAGAUCUGGGAGACAGGGAUAGUUGUCAUAGGCUCUCUCAUCGGCAAACUGUGCCGGCAGAAGCUAUGCGGAUCACAGGAGGUGGAGCGUGGAAUGGAAACCAUCCUGCAGGGACUGGGAGGAGCCGAGGAGGAGCCGGAGGUGGUUAUUUACCUGGUGUCCCUGAGGAACGCCUUGCUGCCUGAAACCAUCCCCACCCUCCUGCAUUACGCCGAGGAAGGCCCUGCUGCGGUGGCGGCUGCAGCAGUCGCUGCCCUGCAGAGGUUCCCCACGCGGCACAUCUCCGGCGAGGUGAAAAGAGCAAUGAGGAGGAUUUUCCAUGAGAAGAGGAAAAGCUAUGAAAAAACAUGCCGCCUGGCCGCUGCAGAAAUCCUCUUGGACAAUGAGCCUUUGCCCAUGGAUGUCAUCAACAUCCUACUUGCCACCAAGGAGCUGGAAACAGAAAUGGCAACGCUUCUGCAGCUAAAGGUCCGGAACAGUUUGCGUGCUGAACACCACCCUGCAAGGAAGAUAGCUAAGGAUGUCAUGAGCGACCCACAGAUAAAUAACUACAACUACUUCUCAAAGGCUGGCGUCUCCUCUGCCUUCUCAGGACCCCUGACAGCCACCCAGGACCUGCUUUCCACCUUUGGGCUGGAGCUGCUAUUUACAGAGAGUGGAUUCCUGAGAAAGAGCCUCUCUGACUUCUCACUGCUCAGCCACGGCCAUCGGCUUCGUGUGGCUCAGGUCACUAUUGAAGCACAAGGGAUGGAGUCUAUGCUGGGAGAAAACACCUUGGAAGGAGAAGAGGAGCCAGAGCUCAUGGCUGGGAUGUCUGCCACUUUCUUUGACGUUCAGUUGCGGCCAGUUGUGUUCUUCCAGGGAUAUACCGACUUAAUGGCCAAGGUCCUGCUAAGCAGUGGAGAACCCACAAGUGUGGUCAGAGGGAAUCUCCUACUGAUGGACCAUCACCAGGUCAUUCCACUACAUUCUGGUCUACAAGUGGUGGUCAAACUCCAGGGCGGGCUUGGGCUUGACAUCUCAGCCACCAUGGACGUGAGCAUAUGGGAGCAGGAGCUAAAAAACAGCAUCAAUACAAGGGGAAGUCUAGCCAUUGAUUUCCAGACAGAACUAGAUGCCCCUUUCUUUCAAGCCACCAUGAGAAGCCAGACUGAGCUGGAGACCUCCAUCUACUUUGACACGGUCCUGCAGUUUUCUGCAAGCCCUGUGCUCAUGUGUCUGCAGCUGAGAGAGGACCAGGUCCCAUACAGAGAGAUCUUCACAGUUUCCAAAUCCUCUGGGAGCCAAAGCAGCACUGUGCGAAAAGGCCGGCAGGGCACCAUGGCAGGGCAGGAGUUCGCUUUGCAUGGGGCCAACUCCAAGGCGUGCAACCUCCUGCUGACAGCGGAUGAAGAGUAG